GCGUUCCGCUGGUCGAAAUUAACAUUAAUAAAACCGUACAAAAUGGCAGAAGGAGACGGUGCAUUCUAUGGCGCCUUUGCCUCUAAACUAGGCUCUGGAAUGGCUAAAGUUGGUAAAAAGGCAGCACAGUCCGAAGCAGGUCGUUCAGCGACUAGGGCCGCCGUGAAAGGAGCGACCGAUGCGGCCGUGAGUGAUUUAUCAGACCGUUACUUGGGUCCUAAACCCGGUGAGCCAGCCCCUGGUCCUUUGCCCAAACAAACUCACUCAAAACAAAAACCAACUCAGAAACAAGCGCCACCCAAACCCUCCGCUGCCCCCACACCUCGCGCUACAUAUCGUCAACAAGACAGCGAUGAAGAGUUCGAAGAUCACAUGAGAAAGAUGAAACAUCAUGAAGCCCCGCCCAAACCAUCCGUCUUCAAGCGUUUCAAACCUAGCAUCAAUUUAUCCAAAUCUUCUGAAGAUCAUCGUCAAAGGUCUCCUCGUUCAGUACCUAAACCAAGAAACAAGGUAUACAAGUACGUCUUGUCUAAGGAACCGGAUUGGGAGCAGUCCAUCCGAGCUGUAGCUCUUCAUAACUUCAAGAGUGAUCUUAAGUGUGAUCUCGAGUUCUGCAAAGGACAGUGGAUCGAUGUGAUCACUCGUACGGAAAGUGAUUUUGAUUGGUGGGAGGGACGUAUUGGAGAUCGUGUUGGUAUCUUCCCAGCAAAUUAUGUCAGAGUGUCUUAGAAACUAUAUAUAUUAUUAUAACUAAUAAUACUUCACUUCGUCCUUAUUUGGAAUUUUUAUUAUGUCAGUAAUCAUGUCUCUAUAAUCAUUAUUCAUUUUGU